ACGCGCCGAUCAAAUUUUAGGGUUUCGUCUCGUUCAUCACGCUGUGAGCUCGAUCGUUGGCGAUGGCGACGGCAGCGGUGGACUCGGUGCAGUGCUUCGGAAGGAAGAAGACGGCGGUGGCUGUGGCGCACUGCAAGCGGGGUCGUGGGCUGAUCAAGGUGAACGGCGUGCCGAUCGAACUGGUGAAGCCGGAGAUCCUCGGCCUUAAGGCCUUCGAGCCCAUCCUCCUCCUCGGGCGGCAACGGUUCAUGGACGUCGACAUCCGCAUCCGCGUCCGCGGCGGCGGCAAGACCUCCCAGAUUUAUGCCAUCCGUCAGAGCAUCGCCAAGGCCCUCGUCGCCUUCCACCAAAAGUACGUGGACGAGCAGUCCAAGAAGGAAAUCAAGGACAUCCUCGUCCGCUAUGAUCGCACCCUUCUGGUCGCCGACCCCCGCCGAUGUGAGCCCAAGAAGUUCGGUGGUCGCGGCGCACGCGCCAGGUUCCAGAAGUCGUACCGUUAGAUCCGAGAGGUUCUGUAGUCCCGAUCUUUCCUCGUGAAGUUUUGAUCUUUCCUGCUUUGUUUGUUGCCUCUUCCGGAAUUGCUCGCUCUCGAGGCACAUUUGGUAUUCCUGUUAUGUUCUAGAUUUUACAUUAACGCUUUAAUUAUGUGAUUCACUAGCUCUUUCUCUGCAUCA